UUUAGUUGUUCUAUUUGGAAAACAUAAACUGGAGAGUCCUAUUGCUAUAGGGAGUGAAGCACCCAUAUUGAAUUUUGAUUAACGAGGAAUAUGUUCUUUCGUUACGAAAACAUUUACUAUGUAACACACCAUAUUGCAGCAACGGAUUAUAACAUUUGAAUUGGUCUGUUGAAAAUACAAAUAAGAGCUAACACUUCAAGACACCGUACAAAUACAUUUCAGGAAAAUGUUAUCUUUAACCGUAAACAGGGAGUUUGCUUUAAGGGGACGUGCAGGUAAUCAGUUUGAGUGUCCCACUUCAAUAUCCUCGACUGAAAUGGCAAACAAAAAUCAUUAACUAUAACGGAAUCGAUUUGGUCUACUUCAGCUGAAUAGACAACGAAAAUGUGAAAUCUAGAAAUUUGAUUAGUGACCAAAGUGUUUGCAAGAAAGAGUGCAUUUUCAUCAACAUGCGGAAAAGUAACCAUAGACCCUUUACAGCUGGCUCAACAAUUUCCAAUAGGUACGACCCUCUGCCGCGAAUCUGGAGGCCUACUACUUCCAUAUGUCCUAAAGAUAGCCAGGAUGAAGAAGAAAAGGAAAACGAUGACGAAUCGAACAUUGAAAGCAGUUCAGACGAGACAUACGACAGCGACUCUACGGUUUCGGCAACUGAAUCAGAUUACAGACCUUCGCGCCAUUGUUCAGCGGAAUCAUCUUCUGCGAAGACAUCUCCUACGAUAAAAUCGGAGGGGGAAUUGAUGGACGAAGAAAGUGUGCCUCUCGAUGAGUUUGUAAAAAGUAAACUCGAAGGACUUUCGUCUCUAAAGGACCAGGGUUGCCAUUUUGGGGAGGUUUCAAUGGAGCACACAGCCAAAAGAAUGGAUAUAAAAGAACCAGACUGUUGCCAUUGUCUUGCAAACCUAAUGCAUUAUGAAUCGGAAGGUUUUGGUCCCUGGAAAACAACUUGUAGACAUAGACAUAAUCGACAACACAAGAGAACCGAGCAAAACAGUUCAAACUCAUCAAAACUGUGCCAAGCAACGAGCCUCUAUCAAAAACUUUACGGAAAUGCGUCGAAGAGUUUAAGUUACCCUUUCUCUCAUUUCGAUAACAGUGAGAAGUAUAUUCAGCAAUAUAAAGAGUUAUGUUCUUCGGUUGGCAAAUUCCAGCAAGCAUGGGAUCUUUCUACGGGGAAUAAGAUUACCUUGUCAGAUCCAUACUUGAAGAAGCUGCGUUCAAAAGCGUGCUCCAUUGCUGAAAGUUUCGAUGUCUUCGCAAUAAUGGCUGUAGAAAGAGACACGAGUGAAAAAGAAACACCUGAAAUCAAUGGAGAUUCACUUCGCUCGAUGACAGUCAAUGACCGGGGAAAAAAUCUUAAUUUAGCACCUGUGCGGGACUCGCCUCCUCUAGAGUUAUCUUCGCAGCAAUAUCUAGGAAAACCCACGAGCAAGAACUUUACGCCCUUUAACCAAUACUUAAAUCUUGUGAUUCCAAAGACAACGAUAAACGGAAACAACAUUCAGCUUCACAUUGACAAUCCGAAAGACGUUUGGACUCCGAGGUUUGAGACCAACCGGAACCCCGCCAAACAUUCUCACAGACGGUCCGAAAGCGUCGACACGCAUUCGCGACACUCGAAAAAGAAAUCGUCAGACGGCAGCUCAACAUCAAGGCGGUUUUCCGGUGGAAAUAGGGCCAGUGAACUUCGAUUACAACGUGCAGCAACACUGAGUGCGGAAGGCACCGGAAUCAGGAGAGAGUCGGGAUGCAUUAUCCCGCCGCCUGCAGCCAUAUCACAGAAUACCUCAAUUUUGACAAAACGCAAUUGCAAAACACAAAUUCAAAAAACGAAAUGUGUCAGUCAAAUUCGUGCCAUGUUAUCUGAUCUCGACAGCUGUAAAGGAAAGCUAGAUCGCACGUGCAGACGAUUUGAAAAUGCGAAAAUAGGUCCUGAGGCAAAGCAUGACCGGGUCAUUCCAGCCACGAAGACAUUUAGAGUCGAAGGACAAACAUGUAGAACAGAAGACCAGCUCAGUAUAAUCCAUCGCCUAAGAAAAGAAAAGGAAAGAACGCUGAGGGUUUCAGCAGUUCAAUAACAUUUAUACACGUGUAUUACGAAAUAAUUUAUUUGUCAACAGCUGCAUAUUAACCAAUAUGAUAUACACAAUGUGCAGUUUGAUUUGUUAAAUACAUUAAUACAAGUCUUCUUUUUUUGUUGAAAAUAUUUUCAACCAGUAAAAAAUGCUGGUCCUUCAAUAUGAUUAAACCACCACCACCACCCUUUUUUCUCAUUGUCAGUAUCUGACGGGUAUCGAUAGGGGUCAUCCGUCAGGAAAGGACUUUCAAUGGUUUACAAAAUCUAUUAGAACUCUUUUAAAGGAGAUAGAAAAACUCCUCUUUGUUUACACCUCUCAUAAAGCAAUUAAGGCAUGUCUGUGAUUGAUUGGGGGUAUUUAUAGAUUGU